AUAGGAUUCAAGCUAUAUGUCUGGAUAUAUAUAAACACCUCGUGACAUGGAAGCUUGGUCGUGUCCGUUCUGCCCUGUAAGACUUAACAGCGUCUAUGAUCUGGUACACCACUAUGAACUUAGCCACACUCCAAGGUUCAAAUGUCCGUACGAUUCGUGCUCAUUUAUAAGGGACAAUUCGUUCCCGGAGAUGGUGGUAAACCAUAUAAUAAGGUCUCACAUAGCACCCCAGUACUCCAGGGCCAAGCUGAAAGACCAGUGGCAACGGCGUUUCGUUAAUAAUUCCCGUAAGCGGCCGACAGAGUUUAGUGACAUAGAUCUACAUGAAAAUAUGAUGGUAGCAAGUAAAAAAUUCUAUGCGUCUCAAUCACCUAUAAAGAGUAAUGACACAAAUUUGAACUACUCACCCUUAUCCAGUGCAACUUCCGAUUCGAAAUCUGUUGGUAAUGCGUCACCCUGUGACUUAAUGAGCCCCAGUGCAAAAAGUGAUACCAGUUCAUGGAGGGAGCAAUCCCCGGGGCAAACCAACUGGACCCCCAGUGAUAUCAUGGGCCGAGAGGAGGCGAGACUCUGGGACAUGAGGCUCACUGCCUCAGAUAUUAAACACGUGGUACACGUUCCAUCUAAGUACCCGCCGAUGGCGCAACCAGAGGAACAACAGGCGCAACCAGAGGCGCAACCACAACCAGAGGAGGACAAAGAACAACCAGAGGUGCAACCACAACCAGAGGAGGAACAGGAACAGCAGGAAGUGCAACCACAACCACAGGAGCAACAACCACAACCAGAGGAGGAACAGGAACAACAGGAAGUUCAACCACAACCACAGGAGCAACAACCACAACCAGCUCAUAAUUUAUGGAGGGCCUGGUGAUCCAAAUUUAACAUUGUGACUUUUAUAAUGCAGGUUCCAAGAGUGACAAUUUUGUUUACCAUGAUACCAUGUCAUGAACCAUAUGGAAUAUUUACUUCAGUGACCGAUGACAUUAGUGCCAGUUCCCGGACUUCAUUCAUGCUGAUGCUAUUAAGAUGUUUAUUUACUUAUGCUAAUUAUGCCAGCUGACUUUACCUGUUUACUAUGGAAAGUACUACGAUUUGUUAUUGUUGAUACCGAGUGCAGCUGACCCUGAUAUAUUGUAUUAUUAUACUGGACAAUCUCAUAUAUUAACUUUAUUUUUUUAUUACAUGUUGACAUUUUAUUAUAUGGCUUUAUGGCUGAUACUUUUGUAAUGUACAGACUUUAGUUUGUACAUUUGUAUUGUAAUGCCUUGAUGGGCAUUUAAUUUUACAAUCUU